ACACCACUACACUACAGCCUUUUGAUUCCUUCACUGGUGUUGCUCUGCACAAUACUGACUCAGAAAGAUGAAACUCACAGUAUCGGCUCUCGUGCUUCUUAUCUGCACAGCUGCACUGCUGUCCACAACAGAGGGUAGACCUAAACGCCUACAGCUACGCUGCAGCUGCCCUCAAAUGCAUUCAGAGUCAGCAAUUCCUGCUGUAAAAAUACUCUCAUUGAGGGUUAUUCCUGCUGGACCACAUUGCAAAAAUGAAGAGAUCAUUGCCACAAUGAAGAAAGGACCGAUGUGUCUUGAUCCUACUAAAGACUGGGUGAUUUCUCUCAAAGAAGAAAUCAACAAGAGGAACGUCACAAGCCAACAAUGAAUGAAUAUCACUGUUCAAAGAAACUGGUUCAACUAUUACUGUAAUAUAGAACUUCUGAUUUUGUCAUCUCUGAGUGAUAUGUGAAAUAUUGAAUGUGAAAAUGUGCUCUCACUACCACCUGUUUAUUAAAGGUGAACUUGCCUGAACGUCAUUAUAUUUUAUAAAAUUAUAUUUAUUGUCGUU